UUUUUCAGUGAAGUGUGUGAGAGUGUGUCACUGUUAGGGGACUCCCAUGCAUUGCAAGUAAUCGGGCAAAAUUCCCAAAACCCCAUGAACCUAUACUGUUCAGUGCGAAAGGACAUCACCGCCAGUGGAGAAGCACCUGGCCUGUGCAGCAUCUGAUGACAGGAGCAUCUUUGCCUCCACGAGACGAGAGGAGUGCUCACCUCAUCCUCCUUCCUGCCACACCUCCUCCCCCUCACACCUCUCCAAGCCUCCUCCUCCUCCUCCUCUCCUCACCUCCCUCCAGACGCCUCCCCUGCCCUGCGGCGCUCUCCUCGCACCUCCUUGUAACACAUCCCUCCAUCUCCUCGUAGCACGCUUCCUCCUCCUCCUCCUCCUCCUCCUCCUCUUCACGUCUCCACAGACAUCCUUCAGCUCAAUUACACCCACAUCUAAAUUUAAUUCUCUGCCGUCAUCUCUGAUUGGAUUCCUGAGGAUUACCUCUCAACCGGAUUGGCCGAGCCACCUCUUCUCCCGCUCGUUGAUUGGUUGAAACGGUGGGUACAGGCAGAGACCCACUGGAGGACGGAAAGUUCAGUUGCCGGGCGGGUUUCACGUCGGAAUUGUUCAGAUCCAGAAAUACAUCUGAUUUGGUGUCUGUGUGGGGGGUGAAAUAUAGUUUUGUUUUUGCUGUUCCUAUUGCUGUUACCCAGGUAACAAUUCACUGUAGCUUUGGAAACUUGUAAAAAGACCUUGGGCAAAAGAAAAAACCCUUUUUGUCAUUAAAAAUAAUAGCAUCGGGAAAGAACACUGUCGCAGUCUCUCAACGUUUUUACACAAACACGUCGUCGCUGUAAGCCUGAGUGAUGGAGCCCGCAUUCGCCAUGGGCAUGGCAGCCAAGCUGCGCAGCCAUUGGGACCGGGCAGAGGGACUCGGGCAGAACCACAACGCUGUCAAGUUCCUGAACCAGGACUUCGAGUCGCUACGGAACCGGUGCCUCCAGAGCGGGGCGCUGUUCGAGGACCCGUGCUUCCCCCCGCAGGCCUCCUCGCUGGGCUUCAACGAGCUGGGGCCGCGCUCCUCCAAGACCCAGGGCACGCGCUGGCUAAGACCCACGGAGAUCUGCUCUCAGCCCCAGUUCAUCAUGGAUGGAGCCACGCGCACAGACAUCUGCCAAGGAGUGCUGGGUGACUGCUGGUUGCUGGCGGCCAUUGCCUCUCUGACUCUGAAUGAUAACCUGCUGCACCGCGUUGUGCCCCACGGCCAGAGCUACGGAAGCGGAUACGCCGGAAUAUUCCAUUUCCAGAUCUGGCAGUUUGGGGAGUGGGUGGAUAUUGUGGUGGAUGACAGGCUGCCGGUGAAGGAUGGCAAGCUGCUCUUUGUGCACUCUGCAGAGGGGAGAGAGUUCUGGAGUGCCCUCCUGGAGAAGGCCUACGCCAAGCUGAAUGGCUGCUAUGAGGCUCUGUCAGGUGGCAGCACGUCUGAGGGCUUUGAAGACUUCACUGGCGGGGUGACUGAGAUGUUUGAGCUGCGUAAGGCUCCAUCGGACCUCUACAGCAUCAUGAGCCGAGCCAUAGAGAGAGGCUCGCUACUCGGAUGCUCCAUAGAUAUCACCAGCACUCGGGAUAUGGAAGCUGUGACCUUCAAGAAGCUGGUGAAAGGUCACGCCUACUCAGUGACCGCCGUGGACGAGGUGGUGUACCGGGGCAACAUGACCAAGCUGGUGCGGAUCAGGAAUCCCUGGGGAGAGAUAGAGUGGACAGGAGCCUGGAGCGACAAUUCAAGGGAAUGGGAGAGCGUGGACAGAUCAGUCAGAGGUCGCCUGCAGAACCGCAGUGAGGACGGGGAGUUCUGGAUGUCGUUCAGUGAUUUCCUGCGCGAGUUCAGCCGCCUGGAGAUCUGCAACCUGACGGCGGACGCUCUGCAGGCCAGCCAGCUGAAGAAGUGGAGCACCUCCCUCUACCAGGGGGAGUGGAGACGCGGCAGCACCGCCGGGGGCUGCAGGAACUUCCCAGCUACGUUCUGGAUCAACCCGCAGUUUAAGCUGGCCCUGCAGCACCCGGACGUCACCGGCCAAUCAGACUGCAGCUUCCUGGUGGCCCUCAUGCAGAAAGAUCGCCGUCGGAAACGGAAGGAGGGAAAAGACAUGGAGACCAUUGGAUUCGCCGUCUAUGAGGUCCCAAAUGAGUACAGGGGACGUUCGGGCGUGCACCUGAAGCGCGACUUCUUCCUGACGCACGCGUCUAGCGCCCGCUCGGAGCUCUUCAUCAACCUGCGCGAGGUCAGCACCCGCUGCCGCCUGCCCGCGGGGGAGUACAUCAUCGUGCCCUCCACCUUCGAACCCAACAAGGAGGGCGACUUUGUCCUCAGGGUCUUCUCGGAGAAACCCGCCAACUCCGAGGAGAUGGAUGACAAUGUCGUUGCAGAUCUUCCCGUUGAGACCAAGCUGGACGAGAGUCAGAUUGAUUCAGGCUUUAAGAGCCUGUUCAAACAACUAGCUGGGCCGGACAUGGAGAUAAGUGUUACAGAGUUGAAAACCAUUCUCAACCGCAUCAUUGCCAAACAUAAGGACCUGAAAACGGAUGGCUUCACAGAAGAGGCCUGCCGAAGCAUGAUCAACCUCAUGGAUACUGACGGCAGUGGAAAGUUGGGAUUGACAGAGUUCCAUGUGUUAUGGGAGAAGAUCAAGCGCUACUUGACGGUGUUCAGGCAGUUUGAUCUGGAUAAGUCGGGCACCAUGAACUCCUACGAGAUGCGUAUGGCACUGGAAUCGGCAGGCUUCAAGCUGACCAAUCACCUAUUCCAGCUGAUCAUCCUGCGCUACACGGAGGAGGACCUGUCCGUUGACUUUGACAACUUUGUCACUUGCUUGGUCCGACUGGAGACCAUGUUCAAAACAUUUAACACGAUGGACACAGACCGUGAUGGAGUUAUAUCCCUAAACUUCUUCCAGUGGAUCUCUCUCACCAUGUUCGCCUAGACAGAGACUGCACUGCAGUGCCGUGGGAAUCCAGUGCCAUCCAGAGUGAUCUACAGUGGCCAACAGAGGGAUCCAGGGCCCUGAUCCAACCAACCCCACCCCACAUACCCAUACCCACCAUCAACGCAACCCCAUCUCCCUUACUGUCAGAGCAGACCGCACGCGGCAAAAGCGGCAGAAGUGAUUUAAUAGCUUGUAUUGAAAAGCCAGCGUGAUAGGUGUCAAAGAUGUCAAAAGACAAAUUGAACUUCAGUUAACAAUAUAUAAUGAGCUAUGAUGUGCUUCAGCAGCAGCCAACAGAAUGUCUCUACGUUUUCUAAGCAUGAGAUUUGGUUGGUUGCUGCCCCUCCCCGAACGAAAGGGUGAAUGUUCCGCGUUUGGACUCUUCAGUUCAGCGGGCUUCUUCAACUUCUUAGACGCUUUUGCUGCCUGCUGCGUGCACCCCCUCCCAUUGUACCAGAGGUGCCUUCUUGUCUCACCGCCUACAAGUCAGUGGUGGUGGGAUCUUAGGUGCCAGACUGUUUUAAUGUUUUGUUUUUUUACACCCCACUACCCCACAUCUACUUAAUCCUACCUAUCCAAAAGCGGUCUCAUGUUUACAAAUGUGGCCAAAAUAGUGGGCUGCCUCCCAAUCCAUUCCUCUGGUUGUUUCCUCCGCGGCCUUCUGACAAAGGGGUCAUCCAUGACAUAUGAUACGUUUUUAUUCAAUAUCUCGCAGAAAAAAAAAUCAGUUCAGACACAUAAGGGAAGGAUACAAAAACAUUACACGUGUUCUAUUUAGUUUUUAUAUGGCUCAAGGAUGGAGGAAACAACUGGAUAAGUGACUCUGUGUCCAUUCGAUUAAUCCAAACUCCCCUCCUGGAGUUGUGCUUGUGGCCUUGUGCUUCGCUGACGCCCUGCUUCCGAAGUUUCCCCGCUGUCAGCCCAGGCACAUCAACUUUUGUGGGACUUCCCCCCCAUUCAACGCCCCCAUUGCAAAUGAGAGAAUGUAGCCUGAUUACCAUCGAUGUUCAAAUCUCUUCGAGACAAGUUGCAACGCUGAAAGUGUUGUGUCACUAGGAGGGCAAAGCCUGGCUAGAGAGAAUGACCUAUAAAUUGCAUUUUUAUGAGAUAUUGAAUUAAACUUCCAUCGUCAAUGACGUCUUGCCACAUCAUCACGAGGCCACAAGCACAAGGGAGUAUGGGAGUUUGGAUAACGGAAUGUACAAUAUGGGUAUUUCUCAAAACUCUAGUGCGCGCACUUCCAAGUGUAUCAGCCUAAUUAGUCACGUCCAGUGAAUGGAUACUCUUUGGUGAACUAUGCGGAGUAUCCAAUCGCUGGACGUGACAAAUGAAGAGUAUCCAAUCACUGGGCGUGACUAAUUAGGCUGAUACACUUGGAAGUGCUGAGAGUUCUGAGAAAAGCCAUUUGUGCCAAGUAGUAGUCUGCUUUCUACUGCAGUCAUUGUCCCUUGGCCUGGAAGAACUUAAGAAGUGCCACAGUGCAGACCAUAGAUGUGCUAUGAAAGGAGCAACCAUGUUGAUCCAGGACGACUAAUUACUUGGUGAUAUCAGAUCCGACAUGGAAACUGCCAAGUCAUAGAUAGAUGUGUAGCAUGCUGCCAUGAGCAUAAGACAGUGAAUGGUGGCCAACUUCAUUAGGAAAUAAUGCAAUUUAGUGAUACAAUGAUCUUGAUGAGAUGAAGUCAGAUGAUGUUGUCCAGUAUUCCCAUGUAUUGGAUGUGGAUUGUAUUGCCUGUGUGUUGAUGCCUGGGGAAUCGUUUUAAACUUGUUUUACUCUAUUGUGUUGUCUUUUUAACAAAAGCGUAGUUUUUUGGGGGAAAGUGCAAAAUGUAUAAUUUUAUACAGCAGUGCAUGUGCCAAACGUGGAUGCAUGGAUAUGCUGAACUCAUAGACAUAGUAUAGUACAUUUUGUAAUCAUUAUGCUGAACUGGGGUGUGUCUCAGUAGUCAUGACAGUGUCAUUACUAGCUGAACAGGUUAGCAACUUGUUUGGUUGCAAUGCAAUCUCCCAUUGGCAACCUACUGGGUUGCUAGUACGCACCCCUGCUUGGUGAGGGGGCCUGCCACGGAUCUGUAUAGGAAGACUCUAUGCAGGUCUGUGGGGGCUGCCCUCGCCUGUGCUGCCCUGAGACUGCCUGUUUAAAAAUGUCUGUUUACAUCUCAGCAUGGAGUUUAUUUUUCAUGGCUAUAACUUAAGGAUGCACUUGCCUAAGUCAUGUAGCCAUCUUUUGAGCUGCACCGUAGGGGAGGAAGGUUCACAUAAAAUGCUCAUUUCAUUGAGUGUGGCUUAAAGUCUGAAACCAAAUAUCGUGGUAUGGGCCCAGUAGUUCAUGUCUAUGUGUGAGAUCUACAUGGGGGGUCUGUUCAGUUCCGGGCUGAAUGUGGGUGCAUGCAUGUUUUUAAUGCUUGACUGACGCUUACUGUGUAUGCCUCUUGGUCCUCAAGACGGAGUGAGGGUGAUUUGUGACCCGUGCCAUCUCAUAUUAUUUUGGAUACAGGAAUUUGGGUGGUCAUGACUGUACUGAGUGGUGAACCUUCACUGUCAGAAUCAGUCAAUGAAUUGAAUUGGCAGUACAUGUCAAUUGAUACAUACAGUCAGGGGCGGAGAUAUAGGGAGGGCGAGCAGGGCACUUGCCCCUGGGCCCAGGGCCGUCCCGUAUUGGUGGUGGGGGCCCUAUUGUGAGCUUGGCAAGCUGUAUAGGGGGCCCUAUAAGUGUCUUGCCCUGGGGCCCUGUGUGCAAUUGUUCCGCCACUGCACACAGUAUAUCACAAACAGGUGCAUUGUUGAAGCGAAAUCAUUCAAACAAACGCACACGCUCUCGUUUUCUGGCGACAUGAACCUUGACCACCCACACUCGGUGGUCAAGACUCGUGAGUACAGUACAUGGGGCUGUCUCAAAAUUGCUUUGCAGUGGUUUCCUCAGGCCUCCUGCUCUCAAUAUGAUUAUUAGUUUUUACUUUUGUAUUGCCCCAGAAAAGUCUCUGUGAGCUGCUUGCCAGUACCAAUGAGAAACCUCAUCGUUUCCUCUAUGAGAGGAGGGCAAGGACUGAGGGAAUGAGGCCAUAGGAAACAAAUGGAGGAACUUAUUGAAACAAACCCCAUAAAUAACUAUACAGAAUAUCAUCAUAGCACCGCUUUUGGGAGCAAGAUUACAGAUUCCUUGUUCACUCACACACAUACAGUGCAAACAGCAUAUUGUUACACCACAUUGCAUGUCAAGUUUCCUAUUUGUAAUGUUUAAUCAGUUUAACAAUGUAUGCAUUAUGCCAUGUUUACUUCAGCCGACGGUGUAUGGGGAUUAAUUGUGUGGUGCCAAAAGUAAAAAAAAAAAAAAAAAACAAGGGACAUGACAAAGGAGAAGAUUAUUUUUUAUCGUUUUUAUGUCUUGUAAAAGAACAGCAUCCAAAUAAACGUGUUUUUAAACAACAUGCUUGUAUCUGAAAAAAUCAUUGUUGUAAAAUUGUGAAACUUUGCUUUGUCUGACAUGUUGCAGCUUCUAUAAUUGCCAAAUUGUUUUUAUGUUGCUUUUUGCUUUAUAUUCGUUCAGCUUACUUUGCCAACAUUGUUGAAUAAAUGCAUUUUUAAAUUC